GUCGAUGUCACGAUUCCCUGCCCUUACGGCGAGAUCGGGACAAUAAAAGAGGACGUCCGACAAAGGAAUCACCAUUUGUUAUCAAUUUGCAGUCAUGGUUCGUGCUCUUCAAGUGUUUGCCUUCGUGGGCCUUUUGGCCACCGUGUACAGUGCCUGUACGACAGAUAGUGACUGCACAUCGGUUGUCACAUGCGGGCAUGGGGAGGUUGCCACGUGCAGUCUUCUCCAUGGGGGUGGGGUUGGCCAAGGCGAAAACCAGUGUGAAUGUGUUCACCAUAAAAGACAAACAACCACGCAUUGUAUGACCGACGCCGAUUGCCCGAAUACAGCUUGCACCGGUCACGGAGAAUACAACGCAUGCGAACUUGCGCACGGAGGUGGCGGCGGUUCCGGGGAGAUGCAGUGCGUGUGCAGACAUCAUUAA